UCGAACUCCCUGUAGUGUAAUCAGCAUGGCGUUGGGCAUUUGGUUUAUUUCAUGCCUUUAAAAAUUGUUUCGUGAGCUUGCUUUCAAAAUUCUCCAUAACAUUCGAAUGAUGACCUGCUUCCUCAGUCGCUUCCUGACUCUGGGCAGGUGCGGCAUGCACGUGCUCCAAAGGCGGCUGGGCCACUUAAAUCACUGCACCUUGGCGCUGGCUGCUCUCGACCUGGUCUGCAUUGUGUGCAUGCUCCACUACCAACUGUUGCGACAUGGCCGUGACCUGUUCUUCUGGUGCGAGGAGCUGGACCAGCGACGCGUGGAGUACCUGCUAUCCGGGAUCGUGCUUAUCACCACCAUGAGUGUGCUGGGCUCGUGCGUGGAUGCCAUAAUCUCCGCCUUGGUCCAACGGAAAAUGAGUCGCUGUGAUUGGCCGCGACAGUAUUUCGAGGAGCGUUACCGCAGGUUUGUGUUCAUGCGGUUGGUCAGGCAACUGGAGCAGGCUCUCAAGGUGCAGGCCCAGCAGUCGGAGACGGGUUCCAGGGUCAUGACGUCCCUCGAAAACCUUUGCGAGGCCCAGCGGCUGAUUAGGGAGGCAAUCGACGAGUUCCGCACCGCAGUCCGAAUCCUCCUGUGGCCCAAUCGAUCCGACCUUCUGGCGGACCCGUUUGUCCUCUUCCACAUCAGCGAGUCUCAGUUGUCGGAUCUGGCACUCGAAGGCUACAAGCUAAACGAUGUGAAGGGUCAAGACAUGCUCAACGCCAGUCUGAGUCACUUGCUGAACCCACCUUGGUAUUAAAAUAUGUCCCAAAGUUGAAAA